AUGCCGCUGCAGCCUCCCGACCUGGCCGAGCCUGCGCCCGAGCCCGGGCCCGGGCCCGGGCCCGGUGACUCGGACUGCUCCAUCAGCCUCGCUCCAGGCCUGUCCCUCGCCAUACAGCACGACUCCCUGAUCAUCCAAGAUGGCAGGGCCGGUGCUUCCAAGAAAAGCAGGACGUGCGGCUUUGGCUCCUCAGGUCCCUCACAGCCUCCCAACCCGCGGCGCAUACCCCUUUACAACAUCCUCUGGGCCGAGCUCGACAGUGCCCGCCACACCUUGACCAUCGACUACGCCCGCGACGUCUCCAAGACCAGCCGCCGGGCUGCGAAGCUGGCCCUCCCCCUCGGCCCCGAGGCCCCUGCUCCCGGCGCUGCCACGGCCGAGUCCGUCUCCGCAUGGGUACAACAGCUCAUGGCCCGCUCGUACGGGCCCGCCCCCCGCGCGAGGCGCGCCUACGUCCUCGUCAACCCCCAUGCCGGGCCCGGCGGCGCCGUCAAGAUAUGGGAGAACCAGGUCAAGCCCAUAUUCGACGCCGCGCGCAUGGCCCUGACCGUGCACCGGACCACCUUCUCGGGCGAGGCCGUCGGCCUGGUCGAGAACAUUGACAUUGACCAGUUCGACAUCAUCGUGCCCUGCAGCGGCGACGGCCUGCCCCACGAGGUCUUCAACGGCCUGGCCAGGCGCCCCGACGCAGCCCGCGCCCUGCACAAGGUCGCCGUCGCCCACAUCCCCUGCGGCAGCGGCAACGCCCUCGCCUGCAAUGCCUUUGGCACUCACAGGCCCUCCCUGGCCGCCCUGGCCAUCGUCAAGGGCCUCGCCACCCCGCUCGACCUCAUCAGCAUCACCCAGGGCGACAGGCGCAUCCUGUCUUUCCUCAGCCAGACCCUCGGCAUCAUGGCCGAGGCCGACCUCGCCACCGAGCACCUGCGCUGGAUGGGCGAGCACCGCUUCACCUACGGCGUCAUCACGCGCAUUCUCAAGAAGAAGGUCUACCCCUGCGACCUGUGGGCAAAGGUCGACAUCCACCACAAGGAUGGCGUCAGGGACCACUACAGGCGCGAGAGGGAGAACUCCUCCCUCCUGGAGCUCGACAACAUGACGCCCUCGCCCGGCCCCCGCCCACACGCCGGCGGUGCCCAGGGCUCUGUUGCCGACUCGGACGAUGCCACGCGCAACGACGACGCCGCCACCACUGCUACCACCGCCACCACCACCACCACCCCCACAACUACCGGCCUGCCACCCUUGAAGUACGGCACCAUCAACGACAAACUGCCCCAGGGCUGGGAGAAGCUUGGGGCGGACAAGGUCGGGAACUUCUACUGUGGGAAUGUCGCCUAUAUGGCUCCGGAUGUCGUCUUCUUCAACGCCGCCUGGCUGAACGACGGGCUGAUGGACCUUGUCACGGUCGACGGCGACGUGCCCACACCCAAGGCUCCAGGCCUGCUCUUGUCCGUCGGCAACAACUCCUUCUUUGAUAACCCCCUCGUCACGUACCGCAAGGUCUCGGCCUUCCGCAUCAUACCCAAGGACCAGAAAGAUGGGUACAUUAGCAUCGAUGGCGAAAAGGUCCCGUUCGAGCCGUUUCAGGCCGAGGUGCACCAGGGCCUGGGCAUGGUGAUCACCAAGCGCGGCGUAAUGGAACACGACGGCCCAAGGAAUUGGGACCAGGUCACAACAAGCCAGCGGCUGAUGGCGUAG